CUUCGCCGAUGUCAUCCAAACAGUUUAGACAACCAAACCCCCUCCACUUCCGACCGCGUACUCGUCCAUCGCAUCGUCGACAUCUCGUAAUACUUCCUGCAGCCAAGCGUCGUACCACUACCGCCAGUCAUUUCCUGCACCAGAGUUACACCUAGGGACCAUGUGCAUCGAGAUCUGGAACACCUUCCGGGGAUGCAGCCACCGCUUAUACCAGAACACAUCCCCCUGCCACGUUGCCAGGCGAUGCGGUCCCAAAGAUGACAUGGUUCUGGACAAGACCAAGUUCUUGCCAGAUAAACAACCCAAGCUACCCCCCGGGAUGCUGCAAUGCGAACGCCGCGUCGCUCUGAGACCAAAAGAUACCCCGUGCCCGGAGUGCGCUAGGGAGCAACGGCGGGCUGCCGCCGCCAACGGCAAGGCCACCACAACCAGUCUUGCGGGAGGGACUCCGUCCCCGCCACCAGAACAAAGGCUGGCCAGCCCGUCGCCAGAAGCAAAAGCUGCCGAGAGAGUGCGACACUCGCUGAUGCUCCUGGAACAGUUCCGGAAGCCGUAUUGAAAGAAUUAUAUGCGUGCUCUGGAUUCUGGGGGUAACCGUUGUUAUUAUUCGUUAGUUCUGGGACGGUGUUGAGGAUAGAUGGUAUCACGUUCGGACGACUAUGGAGGAGUAGGAGGCGCGUUUGCUG